AUGUGUGCGUUCGGGGUUACUGCAGGGAAGUUCUUGGGAUUCAUGGUAUCUCAAAGGGGUAUUGAGGUCAGUCCAGAGAAAAUACGGGCUAUAGUGGAGCUGAAUGGCAAAAUAGCAGCACUAAACAGGUUCGUCUCGAGGGCGACGAAUAAAUGCCUACCCUUCUUCUACACAUUGAAAAGAUCAUUUGAGUGGACAGAUGAGUGCCAGCAAGCGUUUGAAAAUCUAAAGUUGUAUCUUUCAUCUCCUCCAUUACUCAGCCCAUCCAAGUUAGGGGAAGAGCUUUCUCUAUACUUAGCCAUCUCGCAAGCCACUGUCAGCACAGCUUUGGUAAGAGAAGAGGAUGGGUUUACUUUACAAGCCGAGCAUUUUGAGGAGCAGAAGAAAGAAUACGAAGCUUUGAUUGUAGGACUGGACCUCGCAAAAGCAGCAGGGGCUAAAAACAUGAUUGUACACUACGAUUCCCAAGUCGUAACCAAUCAGGUUAAUGGUAGCUACGAGUGCAAGAAUGAAAGGAUGAAUAAGUACCUCGAGGAGAUAACAGCAAGGACACCUACGGAAGAGACAUCAUUUCGAAUAGCAUACAAAAGCGAGGCAAUCAUCCCAAUAGAAGUAGGGUUCACAAGCUACCGAGUGGAGAACUAUGACGAGAACAAAAAUGAUGAAGCUAUACGCUUGCAACUUGACCUGGUGGAUAAGGUCCGGGCAAUAGCUGAGCAAAGGUUGGUACAAUACCAGAACCUCAUGGCGAAGCACUAUAACUCCAAAGUCAGACACAGAGACUUCUAG